AUGAGCUCACACGCCUACACACAGGAGCUCCAUCUGGCUAGCCUGGCCGUCCAGCGAGCCGCGCUCCUUACAAAACAAUUACUCUCCGCAGUCGACAAGGGCUCUCUAAGCAAAAGCGAUGACUCACCUGUGACUAUUGCUGACUUCGCCGCACAAGCCUCCAUUAUCGCUGCGAUCCACCAUACCUUCCCGAACGACGACAUUGUCGGUGAAGAAGACGCCACAGCCCUCCGCGAGAACCCCAUCCUCCUCGAGCGCACAUGGGAGCUUGCCACAUCCGUUCAUCUGGACGACGAAGCGAGCGAGGCGCUUCUAUAUACCCCACAAACCCGCGAGGAGCUGCUCGAUUUGAUUGAUCUGGGCGCUCGCGGUCAGUGCAGGCGCGGCACGCGGGCAUGGACACUUGACCCGGUAGACGGUACCGCGACGUUCAUUCGCGGACAGCAGUACGCUGUUUGUCUAUCGCUCGUUGAGGACGGAGAACAGAAGCUCGGUAUCAUCGGCUGCCCGAAUUUAGAUCUUGGGUCCGGGCGCGUGGCCGAGGAUCUCGUGGACCGUGAUGGAUACGGACUGCUUUUGACUGCGAUCGCAGGACAGGGAGCAUUCAUCCAGCCGAUGGGGACAGGUGCGCUUUUGUCUGGAGAGCAGCUUGAGCGAGUGUCACAGAUUACAGAGGGCAGCGAGGUGCGAUUCGUCGAUACGCAGGAGUCGACUUCCCAGCGACUAGAUCUGCAUGAGAAAAUCGCAGCGCAUUUGACGUGCCCUUGGCCGAACGAAGUCGAUCUGUGGUCCGCUCAGAUGCGGUAUAUCGCCAUCGCCGUGCGUGGCGGAUGUAACUCCUUCAUCAAAGUGCCCCUCAAGUCAUCGUACCGAUCGAAAAUUUGGGACCACUCUGGCGGGAUGUUGAUUGCACAGGAGCUUGGCUGUGUUGUGACAGAUCUGGACGGCCGGCCAGUCGAUUGCGGCCUGGGUCGGACUUUGGCUGAUUGCCACGGCAUGGUUGUGGCGCCUGCAUCCAUUCAUAGCCGGAUCCUGGAGGCUGUUCGGGCUGUACGGGAAGCCAAUCAGUGA